UCUCCUCCUUUCCCAAUUCCAGCCCCUGGACAGAGAUGUAUACAUAACGUACCUUUAAGUUCCGAGUCCAGUAGCUUUUUGACCAGUCGACCAGUUGCAUCGUUCCUGGAAUUGUUCUUCGGUUUUUUCUUUCGGAUUUUGUUUUUUUUAUGGAUCUUAAGGGUGGGGGUAUUAAAUCGGACAAGAAACGCGGACCUGUGACGGCUCUCUUGUCGAGACAAAAUUCCAAAACAGUCCGAGGAUCAACUCCGCAUAGCAGUUCAGAUCAGGAUUCGCCCCCCGUUGUUCCAGACGGUAUGGAUAGCCCUUUGUUAGGUAGAACAAAUAAUGGCGCUGGAAACAUCAGCAGAACGUCUUCCAUCCGGAGUAAAGGGGGUGAACUGUCGACGGAAAGGAAUACCAGUCCAAAGCCCAAAAGUCGUGACCAAACACCAGAAACCGGCCAGGGAGAUUUGCUUCUUUCAGCUGGCGAUGCAUCCAGUCUCGGGAAUAAAACAACAGGCAAACGGAUGAUUGAUUCAGCCAAGAAAAAGAUCCUUUGGUUAGCGUCUAAAAGCGAAUGGGGUGGUUUAGAACAAGCCAUGAAAACUCUAGAACAAACAGUUGCAGCCAACAAAAAUUCUCCGGAAUCGAUCGCACCUCUAGCCGGAAUCCAAGACGAGUUUACCGGUUACACGCCCUUGAUGUACGCCGUUAAAGACAACCGGAUCUCUUUAAUGGAACGAAUGAUGGAACUCGGUUGCGAUUUGACUACAGUGAACAAAGAUAAUUACAACGCGUUUCACUUGGCUGUCUUGUUUUCGAGAGAGGAUGUCAUAAAGAACUUACUUUCCCGUAAAGCUGAUAUCACCAUUCCAGCCGGGCCUCGCGAACAAAACGUGCUUCACUUGGUGGCGUCAAGAACAGGCGGAUCCGGUGCAUCUGUCGCUAAAAUGCUAUUGGCUUCAGGAGCGAAAGACUUCCGACUGGCUAGAGAUACAGAAGGAUAUUUACCGUUGCAUAUCGCCGUGGAAAUAGGCAACAUGCACGUGACGAAAGAGCUGCUCAACAUGAAUGGCGACCUCCAGGUGAAGGCUACCUUUGGGCCGAAAAUGGAAAAUGCCUUUCACGCAGCCACGAGACGCCGCGAUAUUGAACUUCUUCGGAUUUUGAACGAUCAAGGCAGCCCCGUCGAUGCUGUUAACGCGGACGGGCAAACUGCUUUACAUAUUGCGGCAGCAGAUGGCGAUGAAAAUAUUGUCAAAUAUCUUCACAUGCUUCAUGCCAAUCCCAACAUUUCCGAUAAUGAAGAUCGGACACCCGUGCUCAUUGCGGCUGAAAGGGGCAAAACAGCUGUGGUAGAGAUCCUGACGGAAAAAUUCCGGGCAUCCUGUCUGGAUCGAACUAAAGAUGGCAGCACUUUACUGCACGUAGCUUCAUUCCAUGGACAUCCGGACACAGCUCUAAUGCUGCUGAAAAAGGGAGUUCCACUUCACAUGCCUAACAAGAGUGGAGCACGGAGUAUUCACAUCGCUGCACGGAAGGGCCACGUCGGAGUCAUUCAAACUCUUUUGUUGAAAGGAGAACAAGUGGACGCUACUACAAAUGAUAAUUAUACAGCUCUUCACGUUGCCGUCCAGGCCGGCAAAGCUAAUGUUGUCGAAACCCUAUUGGGAUACGGAGCUCAAGUUCAUAUUCGAGCUGGACCGUUGCAGGAAACUCCUUUACACAUAGCAGCCAGAGUGACGGAAGGAGGUGAAAAGUGUGUUCAGAUGCUACUCAAAUCAGGUUGCAAUGCCAACAUCAACCGAGCGGAUGGAGUGCGGCCACUUCACGUAGCAGCAAGUGAAGGACAUUUUGGAGUAGUUCGUCUCCUUCUUGCCGACGGAGCAGAUCCUUUGCUAGUGAACGAUAACGGUGAAACGCCUCUGCAAGUAGCUUGUGGUACAUCGCAUCCAGGCACUCUUUCCGUCGUCCAGUUAUUAUUAGAGCACGUUCAAGCCGGAUCGGGAUCGGCUGCCACUUAUGUCAAUACUCCCAACACUUUAGGCGAAACUUGUUUACACGCGGCUAGCAGUCAGCCUCGAACCUCAAAUACCAAAGGAAAAUAUCCUGACCGUGAUAUUGCCCAGUCUUUGCUCCAGGCUGGAGGGGAUGUUAGCCUUGAUACCUUUCAGAACAAAGAAAACCCACUGCACUACUGCGCCUCUCAGGGAAACGUGCCUGUUCUUGUAGUUUUACUGGCCAGUAUUCGACCAACGGAUUUACAGCGUGUGGUUAACAAACAAAACAUACUGGGACGAUCACCUUUACAACUGGCAGCAAAGAACGGCCAUCUUCAAUGUGUUUUCCUUUUGUUACAAAAUCAGGCUCGGGUUGACGUGUUUGACAACGAUGGAAUGUCAGCUUUACAUUUGGCAUCCGAAUGGGGUCACGGAGCUGUUUGCGAUGCUCUUCUGGCUCACAAUGCAUUCGUUAACAGUAAAUCACGUGUCGGCUUAACACCCAUUCACUUGGCUGCCCUUAAAGGCUACACCGAAUUGGUCCAUUCUUUGGUUACUGUUCAUCACGCGACCAUUGAUGCGUUGACAUUGCGGAAGGAAACGGCGCUUCAAUUGGCUGCUGGAGCUGGACAAUUGGACGUGUGUAGCCUCUUACUGGAACUGGGAGCUGAAACCAGCGCAGCUGAUGAGUUGGGCCGUAAAGCAAUCCAUUUGGCUGCCCAGCAAAACCAUUCCGAGGUGGUAAGAUUAUUCUUAAAACAUCAGCCAGCCUUGGUAUUAGCUGCCAAUAAGGAUGGCAAUACCUGUGCCCAUAUUGCAGCAAUGCAAGGCUCAGUGGACGUGCUCCAACAAUUAAUGAAAUUUGAUCUAUCCAUCGUGACGGCUUCUCGCAAUAGAACAAGUGAAUCGACUCCAUUACAUCUAGCAGCUGAAGGUGGGCACGCAGAUGUUGUUAAGAUACUUCUUGAAGCUGGAGCAUUGCCACAGGAUGAGAAUAAAGCUGGUUUUACAGCAAUUCAAUUGGCGGCCAAGAACGGGCAUAAUGUAGUCAUUGAUGUGUUACGUGACGCAAGUCCCGACACGCUCAGCUACGCUAGUCGACGGACAGGAUUGAAUUCUUUACACGUCGCUGCAUGUUACGGCCAAUCUGAAAUUGUCAGAGAAAUGUUGACUUACGUUCCAGCAGGUGUACGAUCAGAAGCACCGACGAGUUUAUCCGGUUCGGGAGUUCUGCGUGAACUCGACGGAGAGGCCGGUCUGACUCCAUUACAUUUGGCUUCGUAUUCUGGUGAUGAGAAUGUUGUCCGUCUCCUUCUCAACUCUGCUGGUGUUACGGUGGACCAGCCAUCAGCUCAAAACGGUUUCACGGCUUUACACUUGGCGUGUCGAGGUGGUCACGGAGCUGUGGCCGGUCUCUUACUUAGUCGUUCAACUGGACUGCUGACCACUCCAGACGGACAUGGUCGGUCGCCGCUUCACGUAGCCGCGGCUCACGGCCAUGGUAGGAUAGUUGAGCUUCUUCUCGGUCAAGGAGCUGAUGUUAAUGCUGUAGACAAGGCUGGAUGGACAGCUCUUCAUCUAGCUUCACGUGCUGGACAUUUAGCUAUGGUUCAACUAUUGCUGGAUAGCGGAGCCACUCCUCGUAGUUGCAAUGAUAAUGGACGCAUUCCCUUAUGGUAUGCAGCUUCAGAAGGUCACACUUCUGUUUUGACUUUACUUCUGAAACGAGAACACGAUGCCUACGGAUUAAUGGAAGAUCGCAAAUUCGUCUAUAACUUGAUGGUGUGUGGUAAAAAUAACAACAAUUUGCCACUGUGCGAAUUCAUUUUGGAAUCGCCGGCACCGGUUGAUGUUGCCGCCAAAUUAUCUCACAUUCUAGCGACUCUGUCUGUCAAGGAGAAAGAGAGGUCGAAGGAUUUGUUGGAGGCGGCCAAACAUUGUGAAUCGAUGGCCACCGAAUUGUUGGCCUUGGCUUCAUCAUUGGAAGGCGCUGCCCGUCUUUUGACUGCCCGUGAUCGAAGGCAAAUGCCAUUGUUGGACAUCCUAGUUGAGCAAGAGCAAAAGGAAGUAAUUUCCCAUCCAGCCGUCCAGCGUUAUCUUCAAGAAGUUUGGUUAGGAGGACUGCAAUGGGCACCAUGGAAACUACUUUUGCUCUUCUUGUGCUGCGUCGUUUUGCCACCAGUUUGGCUUGGCUUGUGUCUUCCACUUGGGCAUCGAUACGAUAAAAUUCCCGUGAUUAGAUUCAUGGCUUACUUGACCUCUCACAUCUAUUUGAUGACACUCCUGAUUUUGACAAGUACUCUACCAAUUUGUCCUGUGUUACGAACAUCUUUACUUCCUUGUUGGUACGAAUGGCUCCUACUCGUUUGGUUAUCGGGUGUUCUACUUGCAGAACUUGCCACACCACGAGAUCGAGGUGGAUUGGGUUGGUUAAGGAUCGCCGUCCUCUUCAUAAGCGCCAUUGCUAUUUUGAUCCACGCCGUAGCAUUUCUAUUGAAACCGGAGCACUGGACUGUUGCUCUUUUCUUCCGGAAUCAACUGCUAGCCGUGGCUGUCCUCCUUUGCUGUAUGCUCUUGCUCGAUUUCCUCUCAUUUCACUACCUGUUCGGCCCAUGGGCUAUCAUUAUCGGUAACCUGAUGGUUGAUGCUUGUCGUUUCCUCAUCAUUUUGGCCAUCUUCAUGUUUGGAUUCACAAUGCAUGUGGCCGCACUCAACCAACCAUUUUGGGCACGAGACAUCACGCCCAUUACGGCCAAAACCAUAACAGGUGGUUUGGAUUCAGGAGUUGUGGUGACACCGUUGGACACAUUCCAAUUGCUCUUCUUCGCCCUGUUCGGCUUAACGCAACCGGCCGACUUGCGGAUGGAGACUGCCCAGCCCGAAUGGACUCUAUUUUUCUACAAAACCGUAUUUGGAUUCUACAUGCUGGUGACAACGGUCGUACUGAUCAACAUGCUCAUUGCCAUGAUGAGCGAUACUUACCAAAGGAUUCAGGCUCAAUCAGACGUAGAAUGGAAAUUCGGACUGGCUAAAUUGGUUCGAGCUAUGCAUCGUACUGCAGCAACUCCGUCUCCCCUCAAUCUUUUCACUUCGUGGAUAAGUUACCUAUGGCAACUAUCGAGAAAACAAGUCGUCCAUGAGAAUGCGGAUGAUCAUGCACGACUGGUUAGACAAUGUCCACCGUCGGCAGGCAAUAACAAAGGAUGGAUGAGAAAGUUUCAGCACAAAACUAAAGUUGGCCAUCGAGAGUCCAAUGCGUUGGGGGUUGUUCGUCCUGCUCCGCUUAGUUCACAAAUGUCUAUCGUCGGUGAUCGUAACAGUUUGGAACAUGUUACUGAUUGGCGCAUAGUUGUUAAGCAGUACAUUAGUAACAAUCUGACACAAGCCAACUAGAUACAAAUAUUACUUAGUUUAAAUUAAUAUAUUUGGUAAGUGAUGGGACAUUGAAGUCUGGACAAAUACAAUUGUUUUGACAA